AUGGUUUGCAUUAAGCAAGUUUCUAUCCCUGCCGUUGUUCUUCUCAGCCUUGCUGAGCAAGCUGUCGCUGCACCUGUCGCUCGCCGGGGCGAUAUUGCUGUCCGCGAUGCUGCCCAGGCUGACGGAUCCAUUGACUUGGCCAUCCGUGACCUGGAACUUCAUGAACGAAACUUGCUGACGAAGGUCCUCACUCCUAUUGUCAAGGUCACGAAGGCUGUCACCAAGAACAAAGGCAAGACAUUCGACCGUCUUCUCUCUACUGCCAACACUGGCAUGACUAUUGCCAACACCAACAAGGCUCAAAAGGGAAAGCGUGACCUUGAGGAACUUGAUGAGCGAGACAUUGAGGAGGAGAUCAUCCUUGCUCUCCGAGAUCUAGGCCUGGAUGAACGAUCAAUCUUCGGUGUUGUUAAGAAGGCUGCUAAGGCUGUUGGCAGUGUUGUCUCGAAGAACAAAGGCAAAACAUUUGAUCGUGUUCUCUCUACUGCCAACACUGGCAUGGCUAAGGCUGCUAAGGCUGUUGGCAGUGUUGUCUCGAAGAACAAAGGCAAAACAUUUGAUCGUGUUCUCUCUACUGCCAACACUGGCAUGGCUGUUGCCAACACUCAUAAGACUCAAAAGGGAAAGCGUGACCUUGAGGAACUUGAUGAGCGAGACAUUGAGGAGGAGAUCAUCCUUGCUCUCCGAGAUCUAGGCCUGGAUGAACGAUCAAUCUUCGGGGUUGUUAAGAAGGCUGCCAAGGCUGUUGGAAGCGUUGUCUCGAAGAACAAAGGCAAAACAUUUGAUCGUGUUCUCUCUACUGCCAAUACUGGCAUGGCUAAGGCUGCCAAGGCUGUUGGAAGCGUUGUCUCGAAGAACAAAGGCAAAACAUUUGAUCGUGUUCUCUCUACUGCCAAUACUGGCAUGGCUGUUGCCAACACUCAUAAGACUCAAACGGGAAAGCGUGACCUUGAGGACAUUGAGGAACGCGACUGGGAAGAUAUUGAGGAGCGUGAUGUUGAUGAGCUUGAUGAACGUGACUGGGAGGACGUCGAAGAGCGGGACGUUGAGGAGCUUGAUGAGCGCGUUGCCAAAGGCGUUGGCCAUGUCAUUACUUCUGUCUCCAACCAGCAAGGCAAGAGCUACAACCGUGCUAACGCGGCCGCCAACUCUGCUAUGCAAGUCGCUCAAACGAAGAAGAAGCAAGAGAAGCGCGACUUCGAGGAACGUGACUUCGAUUAUCUUAACAGCCUGAGCCAGCGAGACUUGGAAGACCUUGAACUUGUCGUCCGAGCCUUGUACGGCGACUAUCUUGAGGACUACUAG